AUGGCAGAUUUACAAAUCUUACAAAAUAAGGUAGCACGUAUAAUUUUGGACCUGGAUUAUGGAUCGUCAGCCAGUUCUGCUUUGAAGAAGUUGGCUUGGAAAGAUCUAAAGACCAGGAGGAUUGUUAACCGUUUGAUAUUGAUUUAUAAAUGUAAGAAUAAUCUUUUCUCUUAUAAUUUUGAAAUCACAUAUCAUCAGGAUAUGCAUGCUUAUAACACUAGGUCUAAGUGUAACAUACGUAAAUCAGCGGCGAGACAUAAAUGGGGACAUUGGACAACGGUCAAUUUUGCCAGCAAUGACUGGAAUGAAUUGCCGCAAGAAAUUCGUGAAGCAAAAGACCUUCAAACUUUUAAAGUCUACUUAAAUAGCUUUAUUGAUACCUAG